AUGGUUGCGGGAUCUACAUCAUGGGUGGUAGGGUUGGCGGAAGAGCCUCCUCGUCGAGUGUCAUGUUCCUGGAUUGUCGAUCCCACACGUGGAUCACUCUCCCCUCCCAUAUACGUGUUUGGAGGGUGCGAUGACUCUAAGUCCAGCAAAUGGGGAGAGGUUUUUGACCCAAAGAAGCAGACUUGGGAUGCCCUCCCCAUGCCCCCGCCUCAUUGUAGUCGUCCCUUAAUGUGCGAAAAGAUUGUGAUAAAGGAGGAGAAGGAGAUGCUUGCAAUGACUGGCACAGGACAAUGUUUAUCCUACAUUCCAAGUGAAAGCAAAUGGAAAGAAGGGAAUAGACUAAGACCAUCAGCAUUGGUAAACCUCUCUUCUCGAUUCCCAAUGGGUUGGCAUGUGAUAGAGAAUGUAGUGUAUUGCAGUAAUAGUGAUGGGCUGGUAACGUGGUGUGAGGCACAUAAAUGGGAGAGCCCCGAAACCGAGGUGGUUGCGUGGAGAGAGGUGAUGGGCUUGGAGGCUCUCAGGGAUACUCUCGCUGCUUCCAAGCUGGUCAGCUAUGCUGGACGGUUGUGGGAUUACUGGGAGACGACAGUCAAACCGGAGUUGUUAGCGAGGCGAAUCAAGAUUCAAGAACUCGAUCAAGUACUUCCCGGGCACAAACUGAGCAACUCUGGUCCCAACUUGUUGAUCUUCUGGGAUGUGCUUGUUCCUCCUCAUAAGUUGGAGAUUUGGUGUGCGGAGAUCUCUUUGGUGAGACGCAAGGAGACUUUCGAGAUUAGAGGAAACAUUGUGUGGUCCCAAGUUGUCAUCACACUCGACCCUCCUCCACAUCACCAUCACUGUAGGAUUUUGUCUGCUCUACCUCUCAACCUUUGA